UUAUUAUGUUUUCUCAUAUAAUUUUACAGUAUAGCUUGUUUCGGCUCCAAGGAAUAUAUCUCUUACUCCACCGAUCCGAAUUGCGAAGUUCGUUCAAAGAACGUUAGCUUUUACUUACCUAUAGUUAACUUUAAAAUGAGUUCUAAAGUGGCGAUAGUGACCGGCGGCAAUAAAGGAAUCGGGCUCGCAACAGUCCGUGGACUUUGCCAGAGAUUUGAAGGUAUCGUAUACCUUACAUCGCGCGACGUUGCUCGAGGCGAGAAAGCCGUUUCCGACCUACAGAAAGAGGGAUUAAACCCGAAAUAUCAUCAAUUAGACAUCUCAGACAACAAAAGUGUCGAGGUAUUCCGUGAUUAUAUAAAAGAAACUUAUGGAGGCAUCGAUGUUUUGGUUAACAACGCAGCUAUCCAUUACCCACGAGACUCAACUGUACCCAUAUCAGUUAAAGCUGAACAAACUUUGUUUGUCAACUAUUUUUCGACACUUUCUACAUGCGAAAUAUUAUUUCCAAUACUCCGUGAUGGCGCUAGAGUUGUCAACGUGUCCAGUUCUGCCGGACGAUUGAAUCAUAUACUGAAUCAGGAGCUGCGUCAAAAGUUUGAAGAUCCCACACUAACUAUACCGGAGUUGUCAAACCUCAUGCGUGAUUACGUGGAUGCAGCUAAACUGGGCACUCAUGCUGCUGAUUGGGGGAACUCAUCCUAUGCAGUAUCCAAAGUCGGCUUGAAUGCUUUGACCAAAGUACAGCAGAGACUACUCAAUGAUAGAGAUAUCAAAGUGAACGCGGUGCACCCCGGCUUUGUGGACACGGAUAUGUCAUUGCACAAGGGAACCCUGAGCGUCGAAGAGGGAGCGCGCGGCCCACUGUACCUCGCACUGGACGCGCCCGACUCGGUCCGCGGACAGUAUCUGUGGUACGACACGACAAUCGUGUCGUGGUACGACGGUACACCGAUCGAGAAAUCUGAGACAACUGUGGUGCAGUAAAACUCGAUAUUGACCAAAGAUUUUACACUAUGAAUAUGUCACUAGAGCGUCAAAACUGAGGCGCUCAAAAACGGCUAAUUGACUUAAUUUAAAUGUCGCAUGGUAAACGUUGAAAGUUAUAUGUAUAGUCUGUUUUUUAAUUCCGUAGAAUUCUGACAUUUCUAUUUCCGGUUCCAUUUGUCAGUCACUUUUGAAAUUUCAGUUGCCACAAACCUUUAUUUUUUUUUAAAGGUAUAAACAAAUGAUACCUAAUUAUUGUCUAAAAUGUCGUAAUGUAUUCAAGAAGUUCAGCUAAAUUCGGGUCACUUUUUGCUUGGAUAGGUAGGUACUUAUAACAAAAUGUUUACUGUAUUUUUCAAUAGAAUAAAUAUUUUAAUUGUAAAAAUAUGAUUCAAGAUUGAAUAUAUAACUUAAUAAAUUUAUCAUUUAAUAAAUGUAUGUUU